AUGGAGAAGGACUCAGCAGGAGUGGGCGGGAACAGUAGUCAAGUGUCCAAUAGGAGGGGAGCGGAGGAGGGAGCCCUGGCCGCGUCCCGGUCGCCCGGGAAACCUCUGCAGGCAGGUUCGCGCGCAAUACCGAGCGCCGAGCAGCUGCCCGCGCUCGCUGAGGAGAACGCGGACUGGGAGCCCGGCGCUGACCCGCGGCUGCGACUCCUGGGGGCCUACGUGGCCCGGAGCCUGCGGCCGGCUGCGGGCGCCUGGGAGCGCUGCGCGGGCUCGGCCGAGGCGAGGCAACUGCUGCACGCCUUCCUGGGCCGGGAGGGGCCGCGGCCGCUGCUGGUGGUGCGGCCCGGGCCCGGGGGCCUGGCGGUGCGCGCGGGGCUGGACGCGGGACCCGAGGCCGGCGCGCCUCGUGCUAAGGGGCUUUUUUGCCUGCGCACCAGGCCCGAGCUGCCGGGGCCCGACAGCCUCCGCGGAGCAGUGCUGUGCUGGGACCUGCCCGCCACGCCGCUGGAGCAUCUGGCCGCUCUGUUCUCUGAGGCUGUCCUCUCUGUACUGGCCAAUGAGAAGAAUCACCCAGACUGGCCCCACGCGGCUUGUCACGAUGUCCUGCGAUACGCCCACAGCCUCCACUGUGACCUCUUGGUUCUCCUUGAGCAAGCGAAGGGGAGAACUUUGCUGCCUCUUCCAGUUGGCUCAGAAAAAAUGGGGUUUGUGGAUUCUGAAAGUGAGACCGCCUUGGAUUCUACGGAUAAGUCAGUCAUGUAUGCCGCUGAGUCUGCGGUGAUCCAGAGGAGCCAUCCAGGCCGGGUGGUGCUCAAGAGGGAGUCUUCCCAGCCUCUCCUACAGGGGGAGAAUCCCACACCUCAGGUGGAGUUGGAGUUCUGGAAGAGCAGGUCUGAGGAUCUGGAAUACAUUUAUAAUCAACUGAGAACGAUAAAGGUGAGGGGCAUGGCAGGGCUUCUGGACAAGCUUCAGAGCAGCUACUUCCCAGCUUUCCAAGCCAUGUUCAGAGAUGUUGUAGCAGCUCUGAUGGAGGCGCGGGACAUCCACGUGCACCUGGUGCCGCUGCACCGCCACCUGGAAACGCUCGAGAGCCUGGAGUUUCCCGAGGUGAAGCCACAACUGUGGCCUCUGCUGCACGUGGUCUGCCUGAUCUGGGCCACAUGUGAGCUGUACCGCUGCCCUGGGCGCUUGAUGGUGCUGCUGCAGGAGAUCUGCAACCUUCUGGUCCAGCAGGCCUCUAAUUAUCUCAGCCCAGAAGACCUCCUGAGAAGUGAGGUGGAAGAAAGUCAGAGAAAACUGCAAGUGGUCGUGGACACCUUGAGAUUCUUCAAGCGGGUGUUUCAGGACAGAAGGGAGACUCUCCAUUCUUAUUUCAAAGAGAACCAGGAAGUCCGGGAGUGGGAUUUCCAGUCCUCUUUGGUCUUCGUGCGAUUGGAUGGCUUCCUGGGGCGACUGGGCAUGGUGCAGGAUCUUCGGAAGACAACUUUGGAUUUCCACAAAUUGGGAAAGCUUGAGUUUAGUGGCAUCAGAGGGAGUGCCCUGAGCCAGCAGGCCCAGCGGAUGUACAACGAGUUUCAAGAGAUGUACAGGGUCUUCUCAGAGUCUUCCUAUGACUGCUUGGACCCGCAAAGCACGGAAUUUGAAAAUGAUGUCUCUGAGUUUAAUCAGAGAGUAGAAGACCUUGACCGGAGACUGGGGACUGUCUUUAUUCAGGCCUUUGAUGAUGCCCCUGGUUUGGAGCAUGCCUUCAAGCUGCUAGACAUAGCGGGAAGCCUCCUGGAGAGACCAGUGGUAGCACGGGGCACGUCUGAUAAAUACCUGGUGCUCCUUUGCGUGUUCAGCGAGGACCUGGAUGCCGUGACGAUGAUCUACAGUCAGCGUGUGCAGGAGGAGGUGGAGCGUGGCUUCUCCUCCGUGCAUAAGAACAUGGCCACUGUGGCCGGGAGGCUCCGCUGGGCGCAGGAGCUGAGGCAGCGCAUCCAGGGUCCCUUCGACCACUUCAGACGCGUGACACACCCUUGCAUGGAAUCUGCCGAAGGAAAGCGCAUGGUACAAAAAUAUGAAGAGAUGCUCUCAUUGCUGGAAAAGUAUGAGACAAGAAUCUAUGAGGACUGGUGUCAAACGGUAUCAGAGAAGUCACAGUACAACCUUUCCCGGCCACUUCUGAAACGUGAUCCAGAGACAAAGCAGAUCACUGUCAACUUUAACCCCCAGCUGAUUUCCGUGCUGAAAGAAAUGAGUUAUCUUCAACCCCAGCAGAUGACACACAUCCCUGAGACAGCAGCAGCCAUGUUCUCCUCCAGGGAAUUCUAUCGGCAGCUUGUGGCUAAAUUGGAGUUGAUGGCAAAUUGGUACAACAAGGUUAUGAAAACUCUGCUAGAGGUGGAAUUUCCAUUAGUGCAGGAAGAGCUGCAAAAUAUCGAUCUCUGCCUGAGAGCUGCAGAGGAGACUCUGAGCUGGAAAACAGAAGGCAUUUGGGAUUAUGUCAUUCAGAUCACCAGUAGUAUUCAUGAUCUUGAACAAAGAGUUCAGAAAACGAAAGACAACGUGGAAGAGAUUCGAAACAUCGUGAAAACAUGGGCGUCGCCAAUAUUUAAGAGAAAAGAUGGGGAAAAGGAAUGCCUUCUCUCUAUGGAUGAUCAGCAUGAUCGAAUGGAAAAAUAUUACAGUCUUAUCAAAGAAUCUGGCUUUAAGAUUCAUGCCCUCGUGCAGGAAAACCUGGGUCUUUUCUCAGCAGACCCUACUUCCAGUAUUUGGAAGACUUAUGUUUACUACAUUGAUGAUAUGUUGGUGGAUGGAUUCUUUCUUUCCAUUGAGUGCUCCCUCAAGUAUCUCCUGGAAAAUACUGGUAUUUACUGGCUUAUAGUGGGAAGGAGUGAAAGGAGAAUGGCUCCUCACAUGCUGUUUGUUUUGCUCAGCUUGGCCGACCUUGAAGCAUUUAUAAAAAACAGCGAGAAUGGCUUGCUCAAGAAAGUCGGAAAAGGAGAUUUCCAAGGAUUGGUUGAAAUUAUGGGACAUUUUAUAGCUGUUAAAGAACGACAGAGCAGCACUGUUGAGAUGUUUGAGCCUUUAAAGCAGACUAUUGAAUUGUUGAAGACCUAUGGACAAGAAUUGGCGGACACACUGUUCAGGCAGCUGGAGGAGCUGCCUGAGAAAUGGAACAACCUUAAAAAGAUGGCUGUUACCGUGAGGCAGCAGGUGGCCCCCCUGCAGGCGAAUGAAGUGACCCUCCUCCGCCAGAGGUGCGCGGCCUUCCAGGCAGAGCAGCAGCGGUUCUGGGAGCGAUUCCGCAGAGAAGCCCCCUUCAGGUUUGAUAGCACUGACCCUCAUCAGAUGCUGGAUGCCAGGCACGUGGAGAUCCGGCAGAUGGAAUCCACCAUGGCCUCCAUUUCUGAGUCUGCUAGCUUGUUUGAGGUCACCAUCCCUGACUAUAAGCAACCGAGGCAGUGCAGGAAGGAGGCAUGCCGGCUGAAGGAGCUCUGGGACACAGUUGGUAUGGUGACCUCCAGUGUCCAUGCCUGGGAGAGCACCACGUGGAUGGAUAUCAACGUGGAGGCCAUGGACUUGGAGUGCACAUGGUUUGCCAGGCACAUCUGGAACCUCGACAAGGAGGUCAGGGCCUGGGAUGCCUUCACAGGCCUGGAAAGCACCAUUUUGAACACCCUGACCUCCCUGAGGGCUGUGGCUGAACUGCAGAACCCGGCCAUGCCGGAGCGGCACUGGAGGCAGCUGAUGCAGGCCACGGGCGUGACCUUCACCAUGGACGAGGGCACCACCCUGGCACACCUCUUACAGCUUCAGCUCCACCACUUUGAGGAUGAGGUCCGGGGCAUUGUAGACAGAGCUGUGAAAGAGAUGGGCAUGGAGAAGGUCUUGAAGGAGCUGUAGACCACCUGGGUCCGCAUGGAAUUCCAGUACGAGCCCCACCCGCAGACCUAUGUGCCUCUGCUGCGGUCCGACGAGGACCUCAUCGAGGUUCUGGAGGAUAACCAAGUCCAGCUUCAGAACCUGAUGACGUCCAGGUACAUUGCCUUCUUCCUGGAGGAAGUAUCGGUCUGGCAGAAGAAGCUGUUCACUGCUGACACUGUCAUCUCCCUCUGGUUUGAUGUGCAGCGCACAUGGUCUCAUCUAGAAAGUAUAUUCAUCGGAUCUGAAGAUACCCGGACUCAGCUGCCCCAGGAUUCUAAAAGAUUUGAAGGCAUCGACUUUGACUUUAAAGAGUUAGCUUAUGAUGCUCACAAAACUCCAAACGUAGUGGAAGCCACCAACAAAUCAGAUCUUUAUGAAAAGUUGGAAGAUAUUCAGAGCAGGCUGUACCUGUGUGAGAAGGCCCUGGCAGCGUUCCUGGACACCAAAAGGCUUGCCUUCCCUAGGUUUUACUUUCUCUCCUCUUCUGACCUGUUAGACAUCCUUUCCAACAGCACAGCCCCACAACAGGUUCAAUGACACCUUUCCAAACUCUUUGACAAUAUGGCCAAGAUGCAGUUCCAGCUGGACGCCAGUGAGAAACCCACCAAGAUCAGUCUUGGCACGUACAGCAAGGGAGAAGAGUAUGUGGCCUUCAGCGAGCCCUGUGACUGCAGCGGGCAGGUAGAAAUAUGGCUGAACCGUGUGCUCGCUCACAUGAAGGCCACCGUGAGGCACGAGAUGACAGAAGGCAUAACUGCCUACGAAGAGAAGCCCAGGGAGCAGUGGCUUUUUGACUAUCCAGCUCAGGUGGCCCUGACCUGCACUCAGAUCUGGUGGACCACAGAGGUGGGCAAGGCAUUUGCCAGGCUGGAGGAAGGCUACGACAAUGCCAUGAAGGACUAUUACAAGAAACAAGUGGCCCAGCUUAAAACCCUCAUCACCAUGCUGAUCGGCCAGCUCUCCAAGGGGGACCGGCAGGAGAUCAUGACCAUAUGCACCAUCGAUGUCCAUGCCUGGGAUGUGGUGGCCAAGACGAUUGCUCAGAAGGUGGACAAUGCCCGGGCUUUCCUCUGGCUGUCCCAGCUGCGGCAUCGCUGGGACGACGAGGCCAAACACUGCUUUGUCAACAUCUGUGAUGUCCAGUUUCGAUACUCCUGUGAGUACCUGGGAAAUACACCUCGCCUGGUGAUCACGCCUUUGACAGACAGGUGCUACAUCACCCUCACCCAGUCUCUGCACCUGACCAUGAGCGGGGCUCCAGUAGGACCUGCAGGCACAGGCGAGACAGAGACCACCAGGGACCUGGGCCGAGCACUGGGCAUCAUGGUCUAUGUGUUUAACUGCUCCGAUCAGAUGGACUACAAGUCUUGCAGCGACAUCUACAAGGGCCUUGCUCAGACCGGUGCCUGGGGCUGUUUUGAUGAGUUUAAUCGAAUCUCCGUGGAGGUCUUGUCAGUGGUGGCUGUGCAGGUAGAAAGCAUUCAAGAUGCAAUUCGAGAUAAGAAGCAGCGGUUCAACUUCCUUGGAGCAGAGAUCAGCCUGAACCCUUCUGUGGGCAUCUUCAUCUCCAUGAACCCAGGCUAUGCCGGCCGCACGGAGCUGCCAGAAAACCUCAAGGCUCUGUUCAGGCCUUGCGCGAUGGGCGUUCCAGACUUUGAGUUGAUGUGUGAAAUCAUGCUUGUGGCAGAAGGAUUCACUGAAGCACGGUUACUAGCCAGGAAGUUCAUCACCCUUUACGAGUUGUGCAAAGAGCUUCUCUCCAAACAGGAUCACUAUGACUGGGGCCUGAGGGCCGUCAAGUCUGUGCUGGUGGUGGCGGGCUCCCCGAAGCGAGAAGAUCCUGACCGGCCCGAGGAGCAGGUCCUGAUGCGCUCCCUGCGAGACUUCAGUGUCCCCAAGAUUGUGACAGACGACGUACCCGUGUUCCUGGGCCUGAUCGGGGACCUGUUUCCCACGCUGGAUGUCCCUCGGAGGAGAGACCUCAACUUCGAAGCUUUGGUUAGGAAGGCGGUGGUGGAGCGGAAGCUGCAGGCUGAGGACCACUUUGUGCUCAAGGUGGUCCAGCUGGAGGAGCUUCUGGCUGUGCGGCACUCCGUGUUCAUGGUGGGCAGCGCGGGAACUGGCAAGUCGCAGGUGCUGAGGUCCUUGCACAAGACCUACCAGAUCAUGGAACUCCGCCCCGGCUGGACUGACCUCAACCCCAAAGCAGUCACCAGCGAUGAACUCUUUGGCGUCAUCAAUCCAGCCACACGAGAAUGGAAGGACGGACUGUUCUCUUCCAUCCUGCAGGGGCUUUCCAGCAUCACCCAUGAUGGGCCCAAGUGGAUUCUACUGGAGGGUGACAUAGAUCCAACGUGGAUCGAGUCUCUGAACCCUGUCAUGGAUGAUAACAAGGUGCUGACCCUGGUGAGCAACGAGAGGAUCCCUCUGAAUCCCACAAUGAGGCUCCUCUUUGAGAUCAGCCACCUGCACACGGCCACGCCAGCCACUGUCUCCAGAGCAGGGGUCCUGUACAUCAGCCCUGCAGACCUGGGGUGGAGCCCUCCUGUGGGCAGCUGGAUCGACAAGAGGGAGAUCCAGGCAGAGAGAGCCGCCCUAAGCUUUCUGUUUGACAAGUAUCUUCCUGCCUGCUUAGACUCACUCAGAGCCAGAUUUAAGAAGAUAAUUCCAAUCCCAGAGCAGAGCAUGGUUCAGAUGCUGUGCCACCUUCUCGAGUGUCUGCUGACCGAUGAGGACAUCCCUGCAGACUGCCCCAAGGAAACCUACGAGCUUUAUUUUGUGUUUGCUGCCAUCUGGGCAUUUGGCGGAGCAAUGGUCCAAGAUCAGGUAAGAGGGCAAGGAGCCAAUGCGUCCACCACGAUGGACGAGAGCCUCGAUGAAUGCGCAAAGAUCCGGAACGCAGGGGUUGUGGCUUUCCCUCAAAUGCAGUCCCUGACCUUUCACCUGCUGAAAUCUGUCCUGGAGAAGCCUCUGGAGAAGAAAGCGGGCAGAAAUUACGGCGCCACAGGCAACAGGAAGCUUAUCUAUUUCAUAGAUGACAUGAACCUGCCUGAGGUGGACGCCUACGGGGCUGCCAGGCAGCACCUAGACUACGGCCACUGGUAUGAUUGAAACAAACUGUCCCUAAAGGAGGUCAUGAAUGUCCAGUACAUUUCCUGUAUGAACCCCACUGCGGGCAGCUUCACCAUCAACCCACGGCUUCAGCGUCACUUCAGCGUGUUUGCCCUCUCCUUCCUGGGAGCAGACGCCCUGUCUUCCAUCUACUGCACCAUCCUGACUCAGCACCUGAAGCUUGGGAACUUCCCGGCACCACUGCAGAAAUGCGUCCCCCAGCUGAUCCGUCUGGCCCUUACCUUCCACCAGAAGAUCGCCACCACGUUCCUCCCCACAGCAAUCAGAUUCCAUUACAUCUUCAACCUCAGGGGCUUGGCCAACAUUUUCCAGGGCAUUCUCUUCUCCUCUGUGGAAUGUGUAAAAUCCACGCAAGACCUAGUAAAGCUCUAUCUGCACGACUCAAAUCGGGUUUAUCGGAAUAAGAUGGUGGAAGAGAAGGAUCUUGAUCUUUUUGAUAAGAUCCAAGCAGAAGUGAUCAAGAAAAUUUUUGAUGUGAGUAUUGCCCUCUGCCACAUCAAUCGCAUCUUGGAGUGCCCGCGGGGAAACGCUCUGCUGGUGGGCGUAGGGGGGAGCGGCAAGCAGAGUCUGACAAGGCUCGCGGCUUUCAUCAGCUCCAUGGACGUAUUCCAGAUCACGCUGCGGAGAGGCUACCGGAUUCCUGACUUCAGGGCGGACCUGGCCAGCUUGUGCCUGAAAGCCGGGGUAAAGAAUCUCAGCAUCGUGUUUCUCAUGACAGACGCCCAAGUAGCUGAUGAGAAGUUCCUUAUGCUCAUUAAUGACCUCUUGGCAUCUGGAGAGAUCCCAGAUCUCUAUUCUGAUUAUGAGGUUGAAAACAUCAUAAGCAAUGUGAGGAACAAAGUCAAGAGCCAAGGUCUUGUUGACAACAGAGAGAACUGCUGGAAGUUCUUUAUAGAGCGGGUCCAACGACAACUAAAGGUGACUCUCUGUUUCUCCCCGGUGGGGACCAAGCUGAGGGCCCACAGCAGGAAGUUCCCCGCCGUCGUGAACCGCACAGCCAUCGACUGGUUCCAUGAGUGGCCGCAGCAAGCCCUGGAGUCCGUCAGCUUCCGCUUCCUGCAGAACACGGAGGACAUUGAGCCCACAGUCAAGCCAUCGAUUAGCAAGUUCAUGGCUUUUGUCCACACAAGUGUCAACCACACCUCCCAGUCCUAUCUGAGCAAUGAGCGGCGCUACAACUACACAACCCCCAAAUCAUUCCUGGAGUUCAUCAGACUCUACCAGCGCCUGCGGUGCAGGAACAGAAGGGAGCGCAAGUCCAAGGUGGAGCGGCUGGAGAGUGGACUGCUGAAGCUCCACAGCACCUCCGCCCGGGUGGAUGAUCUGAAAGCCAAGCUGGCUGCCCAGGCAGUGGAACUGAAACAGAAGAAUGAAGAUGCAGACAAGCUGAUUCAGGCGGUGGGUGUAGAGACAGACAAGGCGAGCAGAGAGAAAGCCACCGCAGACAAGGCGCGGCAGAAGGUGACGCUCCUCAUGCUAGAGGUGAAGCAGAGGCAGAAGGACUGCGAGGAAGAGCUGGCCACGGCCGAGCCGGCGCGCUCGGCAGCCCAGGGCCUCAGCACCCUCAACAAGACCAACCUGAGGGAGCUGAAGUCUUUCGGUUCCCCGCCACCUGCCGUCAGCAACGUCAGCGCGGCCGUGAUGGCUCUCGUGGCCCCGGGGGGCAAGGUGCCCAAGGACCGCAGCUGGAAGGCCGCCAAGGUCACCAUGGCCAAGGUGGACAGCUUCCUGUACUCCCUCAUCCACUUUGACAAGGAGAACAUUCACGAGAACUGCCUCAAGGCCAUCAAGCCGUAUCUGCAUGACCCCGAGUUCAAUCCCGAGUUGGUGGCCACCAAGUCCUGCGCAGCCGCCGGCCUCUGCUCUUGGGUCAUAAACACUGUGAGGUUCUACGAGGUGUUCUGUGAUGUGGAACCCAAGUGCCAAGCACUGAGCAAGGCCACCUCGGACCUCGCUGCCGCCCAGGAGAAGCUGGCGGCUGUUAAAGCCAAGAUUGCUAACCUUAAUGAAAACCUGGCCAAACUCACGGCCAAGUUUGAGAAAGCAACAGCUGACAAACUCAAAUGUCAGCAAGAAGCUGAAGCGACUGCAGUCACCAUCUCCCUUGCAAACCGCCUGACGGGAGGACUGGCCUCUGCAAACGUGAGGUGGACGGAAGCUGUGCAGAACUUCAAACAACAGGAAAGGAAAUUAUGUGGAGACGUUUUACUUACUGCGGCUUUCAUUUCGUACCUGGGCUUCUUUACAAACAAAUACCGGCAGAGCCUCAUGGACGGGACCUGGAGACCCUACCUGAGCCAGCUGCAGGUUCCCAUCGCAGUGACCCCCAACCUAGACCCCCUGAGGAUGCUGACGGAUGAUGCCGACGUGGCUGCCUGGCAGAACGAGGGCCUCCCUGCAGACCGCGUGUCCACGGAGAAUGCCGCCGUCCUCCUCAGCUGCGGGCGCUGGCCGCUCAUGGUGGACCCUCAGCUACGAGGCAUCAAAUGGAUCGAGAACAAGUAUGGCGAGGACCUCCGGGUCACCCAGAUUGGCCAAAAGGGCUACCUUCAAACUGUCGAGCGUGCCCUGGAAGCUGGGGAGGUGGUGCUUAUUGAAAACCUAGAGGAGUCCAUCGAUCCUGUGCUGGGACCCCUGCUUGGGAGAGAAGGCGUUAAGAAAGGACGGUUCAUUAAAGUCGGAGACAAAGAGUGUGAGUACAAUCCCAAGUUCCAGCUCAUCCUUCACACCAAGCUGGCCAAUCCUCACUACCAACCCGAGCUGCAGGCUCAGGCCACCUUGAUCAACUACACCGUGACCAGGGACGGCCUGGAGGACCAGCUGCUGGCCACUGUGGUCAGCAUGGAGAGGCCAGACCUGGAGAAGCUGAAGUCAGAUCUCACAAAGCAGCAGAAUGGGCUCAAAAUCACCCUCAAAACAUUAGAAGACACCCUGCUUUCUCGCCUCUCCUCGGCCUCCGGGAACUUCCUGGGAGAAACGGCCUUGGUGGAGAACCUUGAGAUCACCAGGCAGACCUCUGUGGAAGUUGAGAAAAAGGUGUAGGAGGCCAAGGUGAUGGAGGUGAAAAUCAACGAGGCCCGGGAACACUAUCGGCCGGCAGCUGCCCGGGCCUCUCUGCUCUCCUUCGUCAUGAAUGACCUUGGCAGGAUCCACCCGAUAUACCAAUUUUCUCUCAAGGCCUUCAACAUCGUCUUCCAGAAGGCUGUGGAGAAGGCUGCUCCUGAUGAGAGCCUCAAGGAAUGGGUGGCCAAUCUAAUAGACAGCAUCACCUUCUCUGUGUACCAGUACACCAGCCGUGGGCUCUUUAAGUGUGAUAAGCUGACCUACCUUACCCAGCUCACCUUUCAGAUUCUCCUCCGGAACCAGGAAGUCAGUGCAGCAGAGUUGGACUUCCUGCUUCGAUCUCCACUGCAGACAGGCGUCACCAGUCCUGUGGAGUUCCUCUCCCAUCAGGCCUGGGGUGGCAUCAAGGCACUUUCAUCCGUGGAAGAAUUCUAUAAUCUGGAUCGGGACAUUGAGGGAUCCGCCAAGGGCCGGAAAAAGUUUGUCGAAUCAGAGUGUCCUGAGAAGGAGAAGUUCCCCCAGGAGUGGAAGAACAGGACAGGCCUGCAGCGCCUCUGCAUGAUGAGAGCCAUGCGGCCCGGCCGGAUGACCUACGCCACGAGAGAUUUUAUUGAGGAGAAGUUAGGAAGCAAAUACGUGGUGGGAAGAGUACUGGACUUUGCAGCCUCUUUUGAAGAAUUGGGACCAACCACUCCCAUGCUUUUUAUCCUGUCUCCAGGGGUGGACCCACUGAAGGAUGUGGAAAAUCAAGGUAAAAAGCUCGGAUAUACCUUCAACAGCCGGAACUUUCACAAUGUGUCUUUGGGCCAAGGACAGGAGGCAGUGGCUGAGGCUGUGCUGGACCUGGCUGCCAAGAAAGGCCACGGGGUUCUUUUGCAGCAGGUGCCUGUGAUCAAGGGGUCCUUCCUUCCCACCAGACCCCUGGAGAAGAAGCUGGAGGAGCACGGUGAGAACAGCCACCCAGAGUUCCGGGUCUUCAUCAGUGCGGAGCCCGCGCCCUCCACUGACGGCCACAUCAUCCCCCGGGGCAUCCUGGAGAACUCCGUUAAGAUCACCAGUGAGCCUCCCAUGGGCAUGCACGCCAGGCACAAGGCCCUGGACAACUUCACUCAGGACACCCUGGAGUUGUGUUCCCGGGAGACAGAGUUUAAGAGCAUCCUCUUUGCGCUUUGUUACUUUCACGCCAUGGUGGCAGAAAGAAGAAAGUUUGGGCCCCAGGGGUGGAAUCGCUGCUACCCCUUCAACGCUGGGGACCUCACCAUCUCUGUGAACGUGCUCUACAACUUCCUGGAGGCCAACGUGAAGGUCCCCUAUGAUGACUUGCGCUACCUCUUUGGUGAGAUCAUGUACGGAGGCCGUAUCACUGAUGAGUGGGACAGGAGACUCUGCAGGACCUACGUGGAGGAAUUCAUCACACCAGAAAUGCUGGAAGGAGAGCUGUCCCUGGCCCCAGGGUUCCCCCUCCCAGGCAACAUGGGCUACAAUGCUUGCCACCAGUACAUCGACGCCGAGCUGCCCCCAGAGUCGCCGCAUCUCUACGGCCUCCAUCCGAACGCGGAGGUCGGCUUCCUGACCCAGACUUCGGAGAAGCUCUUUCGCACGGUGCUGGAGCUGCAGCCCCGGGACAGCCAGGCCGGAGACGGAGCGGGGGCCGCAAGAGAAGAAAAGACAGGGACUGUCAUUGUGUCACCCACCCCGGUAGUCAUCUCCUGUCUUCCCAAAGAUCCCCGAGGCCAGCUGUUUCCAGGGACUUGCUGCCCCUCACUUUUUCCCCUCUCACUCUGUCUUCAGGGGGAGCUGACCAUGACCAGCGACAUGGAGAAUUUACAGGACGCUCUGUACCUAGACAUAGUGCCGGAACCCUGGGCCAGGCGUGCCUACCCUUCCACUGCAGGCCUGGCAGCCUGGUUUUGGGACCUGCUCAACCGAAUCAAGGAGUUGGAGGCCUGGACAGGCAACUUUACGACGCCCUCCACUGUGUGGUUGACGGGCUUCUUCAACCCCCAGCCCUUCCUGACCGCCAUCGCGCAGCCCACGGCCCGCAAGAAGGGGUGGCCCCCGGGCCCGCUGGCCUUGCAACGUGACGCGACAAAGAAGAGCAGAGAGGAGUUCCGGAGCCCCCCUCGGGAAGGGGCCUACACCCACGGCCUCUUCAUGGAAGGCGCUCGCUGGGAUGCACAGGCUGGGACCAUCACCGAGGGAAAGCUGAAGGAGCCGACACCCCCCAGGCCGGUGUUGCUCCAGGACGGCCGCAGUAUCUGUCCCUGUCCUGUGUACAAGACUUGUCAGCGAGGACCCACCUACGUGUGGACUUGACACCUGAAGACGAAGGAAAAACCUUCCAAGUGGGUUCUGGCCGGAGUAGCCCUGCUUCUCCAGGUGUAGCUUCUUGCAGACCCACUGAGGAGACAGAGCUGGGCUGGAGGCUGCGCAGAGGCGCCAGUGGAGAGGGCAGACCACAGCCCUAGAGAGAGGUAAGAAACCGAAAGCGCUCACAGUUCUGAAGAAUUUCUUUGGGGAACUCGGAGAGGUCAAGGACCUAAAGUGAGGCAGAGCUAGAGGAGUGUGGACCUGGGAACUAGGGGAGAAGAGUCUCGAAACACUGACCCUUUCCUAAUAAGGCGAUUUGUUCUUCAACUGUGUCUGGUCCAGGCUUUGAGCGUUGCAGCGUCGUAAGUUAUCGUGAAGAGCCCAAGAGAAACGAGCCACAGGCACUUGGGCCCUGACGU